AUUUUCAAAUUUCUUCAAAAUUUUCGAUCUCUCCGCCAAUACCACCAACUGAACCCCUCACUCUCUCUCUCUCUCUCUACAGCUCCGCCCUCUGCCAUCAUCCCCUCCUCGUGAUUCUGCUCACAUUAUCCUCUCCGAAAUGCCAAACAUAGUAAUUUUCUUCUGGUCAAACCUAAAGUAAUUUUUAACUUUCUCCGUUGGAUUAAAAAAAUGGCAACCUCGGCGUUCAAAUCCACGACAAAGAGAGCACCAAUCGGCAACGACAAGAACGACGGGCCGUCUGCCUCUGCUCACCGGCGGUCAAGGAGUCUCAGCCGGUUCUCCCGACCUAUUCCAUCCAACUUCUCCGACGAUGCUCCGGUGCCGUCGAGAGGGAGGUUCGUGAACACGGAGAGAGGAUCGGGAGUCCCGGAUAUGAGUCUUGACGAUCUCGCUAUUCAGUUGUUCAGUUCAGGUGAUCGAGGGAGGUCUUCGGGUUUUAGAAGUGGUGACGUCAGCGAUGGGGAGAGAGUUGUGAGUGGGUCCCAAAGGAGAGGGAGGUCUGUGUCGAGGCAAGACAGUGAAAGUAAUAGUAACAGUAAGAGUUACAGUGGUGGUGCGAAGGGGAAUUCAGACGGUAAUAAUUCGAGGAGAAGACGUUCUGUUUCUGUGGUUAGAUAUCAAAUUAGUGAUUCUGAGAGUGAUCUAGAUCAUUCUCAGAAUUCAAGAAAUCAUGCUAAUCCGAGGCGUCACAGUAAUGGAAACAACCAGGUCCCUUUAUCAAAUAAGACACUGGCUUCAAAUCAUAGACCUGGACUGAGAAGGUCUCUUAGCCAGAAAGAUUUAAAGUAUCAUGAUGGCUACUCGAGCCAUUCAUCAAGCCUAACUGAUGAUGAAGGAAAGGAUGCUUCUUCCAAUAAACACGGAUUUGAGAGAACGAUAAGGACAGUUUAUGCACAGAAGAAGGCAGAGCAUCCCACCGGUGAGGAUAUGAAUAGUGGGCUGUAUGAAGCAAUGAGAAAAGAACUUAGGCAUGCAGUUGAAGAGAUCAAGAUGGAGCUUGAACAUUCUAGGGGAAAAACAAAUGCAGACUGCUUGCAAUCUGGAAAGUCUAAUGUUUUUCAGGCUGGUUCUACUAUCAGAAGGAAUCAUGCAGCAAAAUCAGAACAGUCCGAGAAGCGUAAACAAGACCUAUUAGCAAAACUACUGUUGGAGGAGCAACAUGGUAGAGAUAUCUCGAAGAUUGUGAAAGAAUUGCUUUCUGAUCCGAAGAACACUGUGGUAGAAAAGCCAUCACGAGCCCGAAAGAGGAGUAAUGACAGAAGUAGGAUGUCUAAACGAUUGACUGAAGAGGCAGAGAAAUACUUUGAGGACUUCAUUACAAAUGUUGAAGAUACAGAUAUUUCAUCUUUGGAUGGGGAGAGGAGUGAUACAAGCUCAACCUUGGGAGGAAUAACAAAGACAGAAACUUUUCGAAGCCCAGUGAUAUCCAAGUCUCGACCUGUAGAAAUGGAUGGGGUUGCUCUGCCCUGGUUACAAUGGGAAACUUCUAAUGAUGCUUCUCCUCUAUCCAUAAAAAAUAAGGAGCUACCAUCAACUCCAAAAAGUAAUUUAUGGGAUGCUGUACAGGAAGCAACGCCUGUUCAAGAUUUAAGCAUGCACUCCAUCAGUAGCCAUGGAAGCUGGAGCCCAGGACUUGCAGAUGGCCAUUCAACAAAUAUUAACGAACUUGAAGGGACUAAAUUUGGAGAACUUGAAAGCUACAAAAGCCAAAUUUUGUCCGGAAGAACAAGGUCACAGUUUGAUGUUGACGAGUAUCUGAAGCGUCCAAGUGAUGAAGAUUUUCUCUUUGAAAGAUGGAAGCAACAACAGAGAAUUCAUUCAGGUGGUCUCCUGCUCUGUAACCAAAUGUUUUUCUAGCUGUGAUCUUCAAUUUAUUCUUGAAGUUCAUUUUCGCCAAACUCUAAACCACAUUGAACUCUUUGUAUAGACAUUUUGAUCUACAAAUCUUCUUAAGGUAGCUGUUGAUCUUCA